CUGUCCUGCCCAGUUUUCUUUUGUGGCCAUGCUGAGACUCUCCAGUUAGGUUUCCAAGUCAGCAUGGAAGAAGCAACAGGAUUAUAUUCGCCUGGCAGCUAGCUACGUGUGGCAAUAAACAACAAGCUAAAAUGCACGGCUAGGCCUUUGGGUGCCAAUAUGAACUCUUGAAUGAAUGAAGUUCCUGGAAUAAAAAAAAAUCCAAUUUCUGUGGCUACCUAAGUGGAGUUUUUCCUAAGAUACUCUACUGAGUUCCUUCAAACCGAAGAACUAUGCAUUUAUUCUGCUUGAUCUAGUGACAAUUUCCUUGUAACUGCUUUACUGCUGGUAAAGAAUGGAGGAUUCAAGAACAACAAGCUUAAAAGAUACAUACGGCGAGUGAGAAAUAACAGAAAUAAUUCUUAAUACCUCUUCUUCUGAAAUAGUGAUGUUUCAAUUCUCCUGACAUUGAGCCUGUUCCUGAAAAUGAGAUUGGAUACAAUUGGUCUUCUCAGCUUCUUCUGGCACCUGACAGGUGCAAUUCUGGAUAUCACUCUGGUAGCCAAUGUUCUGAGUCCCUCACACAACCACUUCUACCUGUCCUGUGUGACAGGUGAGCGGAACAUCAGCCUCCAGAUUGACAGAGACAAUGCCAUGAUCAAGACCACAUCCAAGUUCCAGAUAUACAGGAACAGCAGCAAGGAAGUGCAUAUGCGAGGUUUUUCCCGAGCAGGCCUCGUGGGCAUCACAUACUGCCUGGGGAAGACACAGUCAGAGCAAACUAGAGUUGUUUAUGUACACAAUGACAUUAACGCUAACCUGGUCCCAGAGAAAGUAACCCACACAAUCAGCCUUUCCCAAUCAGCCAUACUAGUUGCCAGGAUAAAGAAUGGGAAGAAAACAGAUAUCUGGUGGAAAAGGAAUGGGACUUACUAUGACACGAUGCACCAGGGUGAGUUAAAGGAGAAUAAGUCCAUUCUGGUCCUGUCAUCUGUUACCAUGGCUGAUGGUGGGAUUUACAGCGCCACAUUUAUAGAGGACAGCCCUUUGUCAAGUGCCUUUUUCAGACUGAUUGUGCGAGGUUGUGCAGCCAAGAAAUGGGGCUCAUUUUGUGACAAAGACUGUCCUGAUUGCCUGAAUGGGGGCAUCUGCCAUCACAUUGUGGGAGAAUGUAUCUGUCCUCCAGGAUUCAUGGGUACCCGCUGUGAAAAAGCAUGUAGAGAAGGCCGGUUUGGGCGAAACUGCCAAGAGAGGUGUCCCAAUGAGCAGGGCUGCAGAGGCUUAUCCUUCUGUCUGCCUGACCCAUAUGGCUGUUCCUGUGCUGCUGGGUGGAGUGGAGUACAAUGCAACUCAGCUUGUUCUCCUGGCAAAUAUGGCCCUGACUGUACCUUGGAGUGUAACUGCCAGAAUGGAGGCACCUGCAAUCGAUUCAGCGGCUGUAUCUGUUCAUCUGGUUGGCAUGGACAGCAUUGUGAAAAGUCAGACCGUAUACCCCAGAUCAUCCACUUGGCAUCUCACUUGGAGUUUAACCUAGGCUCCCAGAUCAUGGCUACCUGCAUAGCAACAGGCAACCCACUUCCUGUGCGUGAUAACAUUGAACUACGCAAGCCCGAUGGGACAGUGAUAAUACCCACAAAAGCCAUCAUGGAAAAGGAUAUGACAACCUGUGAGUUUCAAGUGUCACAAGUGGUCUCUUCUGACUCUGGCCUCUGGGAAUGCCGUGUCUCUACUACUGGGGGACAGGACAGUGGCAAGUUCAAAGUUACUGUAAAAGUGCCUCCAGUGCCAUUAUGCCCUCCCAAACUUCUGGCCAAGAAGAGCCAACAGCUGGUGAUAUCCCCUGUGGGGCCUAUUGCAGGUGAUGGACCCCUCAUUUCCAUCAAAGUCCUCUAUAAACCCCAAAUCGGAAGUAGCUGGUCAUCUAUUGAAGCAGUUGAUAACAUCCAGAACAUCACACUCAUGAACCUGCGACCUGUCACAGCCUAUAUUGUAAAGGUUCAGCUAACACGCCCUGGAGAGGGAGGAGAAGGUGCCACCGGCCCAAGUGCUAUCAUGGCAACAGAUUGCAAAGAGCCAACAGCCAAACCUGUAAUUGAACGUUCAUUUGUUGAAGGGAGCAACAAUCUACGUGUAAACUGGAAUUUGCCCAAAACUGACAGUGUGGGGUCGGGAUUUCUUGUCCGGCUCUAUGAUGCAGCCAAAGAGCUUGUUCAUCAAGAAAACGUUAGUUCCAUGAUUGUGCAGUCAGCAUAUAUUCCGAAUCUCAAAUUCAAGGAGGAUUAUAGCCUAGAAGUAAUGGUCUAUCACUGUACCAGCUUGGGACCACCAUCUGAUCUCCACACAUUCAAGAUCAACAGUAAAGGACCCUCAUCGCCACGCUCUCUCUUGGUGAACCCCCUCGCUGAUAACUCCAUCAGGCUAUCCUGGCUAGCUCCUGAAUACUCUAAUGGGGGCAUCAACAAAUACAUUGUAGAGGUGCAGCAGCUGGGAGGCAGCAGUGAUCCACAAUGGAUAGACACAGAGAAUGGCAGGGAUACCACAAAGAUUAUCACAGGGCUUAAUGCCAGCACAAUCUACCAGUUUCGGGUGCGAGCCAAGUCUUACGUACUGGGCGAGUGGAGCCAGCCUGCUAGAGCUGAAAUCCUGGGCGAUGGAGCCCUGAGCCAAGUGCCUACCCUAGAAAGUAAAAACUUGCCUCCAACUCUCAUGGAUCAGCAAUUGAUAUUAGCCAUUGUAGGCUCUGUCUCUAUCACCUGCCUGACCAUAUUGUUUGCUCUCCUGGCCCUUUUCCUCAUCAAGAAAAAUUGUUUUCAUCGCCGCCGCACCUUUACCUACCAGUCUGGCUCAGGAGAAGAAACUAUUCUGCAAUUCAACUCAGGCACCCUGACCCUGACCCGCCGGCCCAAACCACAGCCUGAGCCACUCAGCUAUCCCAUCCUGGAGUGGGAAGACAUCAAGUUUGAGGACAUGAUAGGGGAAGGGAACUUUGGACAAGUCAUCCGAGCCAUGAUCAAGAAAGAUGGCCUGAGAAUGAAUGCUGCCAUCAAGAUGCUGAAAGAAUUUGCCUCUGAGAAUGAUCACCGGGAUUUUGCUGGAGAACUUGAAGUUCUUUGCAAGCUGGGGCAUCAUCCCAAUAUCAUCAACUUGCUGGGAGCCUGUGAGAACAAGGGUUACCUAUACAUCGCUAUUGAAUAUGCACCCUAUGGGAAUUUGCUAGACUUCCUACGCAAAAGCCGAGUGUUGGAGACAGAUCCUGCCUUUGCCAGAGAGCAUGGGACAGCCUCAACCCUCACAUCCCAGCAGCUCUUGCAGUUUGCAUCUGAUGUAGCCAAAGGCAUGCAGUAUCUGAGUGAAAAACAGUUUAUCCAUCGAGACCUGGCUGCCAGAAAUAUACUGGUUGGGGAAAACUUGACCUCCAAGAUUGCUGAUUUUGGUUUGUCCCGAGGAGAAGAAGUUUAUGUAAAGAAGACAAUGGGACGUUUACCAGUUCGUUGGAUGGCCAUUGAAUCCUUGAAUUACAGUGUAUACACAACUAAGAGUGAUGUGUGGUCUUUUGGGGUCCUUUUGUGGGAAAUUGUGAGCCUGGGAGGGACACCAUAUUGUGGCAUGACAUGUGCUGAACUUUAUGAAAAGCUGCCGCAAGGAUACCGCAUGGAGAAGCCUCUCAAUUGUGAUGAUGAAGUGUAUGAAUUAAUGCGGCAAUGCUGGCGGGACCGGCCAUAUGAACGUCCACCAUUUGCUCAGAUCUCAGUGCAGCUCAUCCGCAUGCUAGAAGCUAGGAAGGCAUAUGUGAACAUGGCUUUAUUUGAGAACUUCACUUAUGCAGGAAUUGAUGCAACGGCUGAGGAGGCAUGAGGACUUAACUUUCAACUUUGGCAAUAAAUAUAGCCCAGAUGAUUGGGACUUUCUUGUGCAUUUGCCUCCUGGUGAUGUCAACAAUUUAUCAUACAGACUGUGCUGGGCACAGUGUACAGAUGGAUGCUGUUAGUUUAGAAGAUCCUGCAGGAAUCUAACAUGUCAACUUUCCCUAGAGUGGAGGAGGGUACCCUUGAAUGGAUUUUUCCAAAAUGUGGAGCUUUUGAAAACCAAACUUUAAAGGUAUUUCCUGUGUAAGAGAGAGGCCCUUCACUCCAACGGAGAACAUUGUCUAAAGUGCUCCACCAUACUGGGGAAAAAAAAUAUCUAAGAAAUUUGGGACCCAGUCAAGGACCCAGUGAUUACAAUGCACACCAUACAAGAAAAGACAGGCUCACAUUACUGCAAAAUUCCUUGGAUGGUAUUACUGAAAAGGUGGGGCUGUUGGCAAACAGUGCAAUUCAUUCCAGAACCCAAUUCUACACGGAAUAACAUCUAUCCAUAAUGAUCAGUUUCAUCAGCCCCAUGAACUAGUUCAGAUCAGGAAAGCAACUCCACAGGAAAACUAAAGCUACUUUUAUUGAGACUGACUAUAAUUAUGGAAUCUUGUGAGUUCACUGUCAGAUCUGCCAUCAUACCAUUUUGGGCUCUGCUUUACUUUGAUGGCAGCCUACCAUAACAGAUUGGGAGGGGGGAUGACAGGAACCAGAAGUGCCAACCAGAGACAACAGUUGAAUGAUCCAAGGACAUGGGCAUGGGAAAGGAAUAUGAAUGCCCACUAAAGAGGCACCAAACUGUAGAACUCUUACCAAAACAACUAAUUUGAAUUUUAUUAGACACUAGCAAGAUGAACAAGGGAGAGGAUCUGGGAGAAGGGAAACUUACCAGGUUUAUGCAGAAACUUUCAGAUCUGGCUUUUCCUACACUGUAACCACUUGGCUUUAAUAAUAGUACACCUUUCACUACGACCGGAGUUAGGGUCUUUCUUUAAUAAACACCUUUCUCUCCUAAACAAUCUGGAAGAGGUCUGACACUCAUCGUGAAUUUUGGAGGCAUCUGCCUGAGCUGCUUCCAAAUGUUUUUCCCCCCCUCACUCUUGACUUUAAAAAUGCUUCAACCCCUUUUGCCUAAGUAAUUGUUCCUGCAUAUUAGGAAUGCAUACCCUGCCAUAAGUCAACUUGCUUACUGUCUAUACCUUUUUCCUCAUUUCAUUUCUAAACCACAAACUCAUAAUAUUCCUGGAAAGUUAGGAAAUUACAUAGGAAUCUCCUUCAAACAUGUUAGCCAGAUCUCAAAAUAAUAUUAUGCCUCUUUGGAAUGAUAUUAAAAAUACUUAUUAAGAUAGGACAAACUGCAACUAUCUUUACUGGAUAAAAUCUCUGUAAUUAAGAUGAAUGUUUUACCAAAGAUGCUUUUUUUGUUUCAUGACUUUACCAAUGCUUGUAACUUAUACUUCAAGUAAACAAUGGCAGAUAGAUAUGUCUAAGUUUAUAUGGCAAGGGAAAUAACCAAGAAUUAGAUACAAACUAUUUCAAGAUGCUAAGGAAGGAGGAGGUUUGGGCUUACCAGAUUUGAAAUGGUAUUUUGAUGCUUGUUGUUUGAUCUGACUAAAAGAGUAGAUGACUCUCCAAAAUAAAAGAUUACUCAAGCUAAAGGGCCAUGAAUUAAAUUUUGGAAUGCACAGCCAUUUAUGGUAUGAUAAGGUUAAAAUAAAUGUUAAUUUUAACAAUCACUUCGUUAGACAUGCAAUCCUAAGAGUUUGGAAUAAAUAUAAAAUAAGGUUCUCUGUGAAGAUGCCUCUUUUGGUGUCUCCCCAGGAAGCCUUUUUUAGAAAAGAAAUGGUAGCAAGGCCAGACUGGUGGAUUAUGGUCAAAUAACAUUAUUUCAAUUAUAGUGACCUUAUUCUGAAAUCUAAAGAGGAGUUAGAAUUAGAAGGAGGUGUUUGCCAUUGGUUUACAUAUUUACAAUUGAAUGAAAGAUUUUAACCAGACAAAAAGUGUUAUGGAUUUGAUUUUCUGAAAAAUGAAUUGGAUAUACUAUUGCAUAGUAGUGAUGAACAUAUUAUUACUCAGGUUUAUAAACUGUUAUUGAAUUUGAAUUUGAAGAAUGAGUAUGUAAAGCAUUGUAUGAUUCAGUGGGAAAAGAACUUUGGAUAUAAUAUAAUGUGUGAACGAUGGGAGAACAUGUGGAUGAAAAGUUUAAAAUUCACAUUAAAUUAUAACAUAAAAGAAAAACUUUACAAGAUGAUAUAUCGUUGGUAUUUAACACCGGAUAAGUUGUCAGGAAUGUAUAAAGAUAUUUCAAAUUAAUGUUGGAAAUGUAAAUGUAAAGAAGGAAUGUUUUACCAUUUAUGGGAGACAUGUGAUAAAUCAAAGAAAUAUUGGAGAAGGAUUCAUGUCUUAAUACAGAAAAUUCUUAAAGUAAAUAUAUAUCCUCCCUUAUUUUACCAUUAUUUUCAUUUUUCUUUGUAUUCCUGUAUUUUAUAUGUUGAUAAACUAAUAAAAAAUUUUGAUAGUAAA